AUGAGCCCUCCCGCCGCCAUGGAUGACUCCAACGGCGCCGUUCCCUCGCACGCCCCAUUGACGGUCGAGGGCAUUCCUGCCCUGCGGGCAAAGAGCGCCCCGAUUCCGACUGGUGUUGCGCCUGCGACCAACAGUGAUAUGUUCAAGAGCCCGGUAGGCUCUGCCUGUUCCUUUGCGACACAACGGGAAAAAGCGGCCUGCUAUACCAAGCCCAAGGCCAAACGCUUCGAUCACAUUUUCUCCCUUGAGUCGAAGUCGCGGAAGGUCUCGACCUUGAAGGGUGCUGCGCGCUAUCUGAAAAAUCCUGGCCUCAUUUCUCUCGGAGGCGGCUUGCCCUCGCCGGAAUACUUCCCCAUUGAAGAGAUCGACAUCAAAGUUCCCACGCCGCCUGGCUUCUCCCCAGAAGCCACUCGUGAGUCCGGCAGUGUGCUGCGCGCAUGCAAGGGUGAUGCCGAGGCGGACCUCCAAGUUGCUCUUAACUAUGGACAAGCUAUGGGAUCUCCUCAGCUACUCCGCUUUGUUACGGAACACACUGAACUUAUCCACAAUCCCCCAUAUGCCGACUGGCAAUGCUGCCUGACCUGCGGCAGCACGUACUCCUGGGAUACGGCGCUCAGAAUGCUUUGUGAGCGUGGAGAUUAUAUCAUGAUGGAGGAGUACACCUUCUCCAGCGCGCAGGAGACUGUGCUUCCCCUGGGCGUCAAGGUUGUAUCGAUUAAAAUGGAUGAAGGAGGUCUUAUUCCUGAAUCUAUGGACGAACUCCUGAGCAACUGGGAUGAGGCUGCCCGCGGUGCUCGCAAGCCGUUCGUGCUUUAUACUAUUCCCACCGGACAGAACCCCACUGGUGCUACCCAGUCGGCCGCGAGACGCAAGGCCAUCUACCAAGUGGCUCAGAAACAUAAUGUCUUCAUUGUCGAGGAUGAGCCGUACUACUUCCUCCAGAUGCAGCCAUACACAGGAGCGGACAGUUCCGCGGUCCCGCCGCCUGCGAACCACGGGGAAUUCAUCAAGUCCCUCAUUCCCUCUUAUCUGAGCAUCGAUGUGGACGGUCGUGUGCUUCGUCUGGAAUCAUUCUCCAAGGUCCUCACCCCUGGUUCUCGGGUUGGCUGGGUUGUCGGCUCCGAGCAAAUCAUCGAGCGCUUCAUUCGUAACUGCGAAGUCGCCUCCCAGAACCCCGGUGGUAUCUCUCAGAUCGUCAUUUACAAGCUCCUGGAUGAGCAUUGGGGUCACACUGGAUACCUCGACUGGUUGAUUAACCUGCGACUGUCGUAUACCGACCGCAGGAACUCCAUGGUCCGGGCAUGCGAACAACACCUUCCCAAGGAGAUUGCUUCCUGGAUCGCUCCUGCGGCCGGCAUGUUUCACUGGAUCGAGGUUGACUGGAAGAAACACCCCGGUCUCUCUUCUGGAAAGACUCGAGAACAAAUUGAGGAGAAUAUCUUCCAUGCGGCGGUCAACAACGGUGUCCUUGUUUCUCGAGGAAGCUGGUUCAAGGCUGCUGAUGUAAACGAGGGCAAGAUGUUCUUCCGUGCGACCUUUGCGGCUGCUAGUUCGGAGGCCAUCUCCGAGGCCAUCUCACGUUUUGGAGGAUCUCUGAGAGCCGAAUUCGGACUUUGA